GAUGCAAGAGGAUCUCGCCGUGGCCGCUGCCCCCCGACGGGAGCCGUGCGGCGGCCGGGCGAGGAGCGCUGGGUGCCGGCCGGGAUGGAGCCGCCACCGCCCGCCUGAGCCCCGCUGCAGCCCGGGGGGACCCCCGGCAGCCCGGGGGGGAUGGCGCUCAGCUCCCGGGCUCACGCCUUCUCGGUGGAAGCCCUGGUGGGACGCUCGGCCAAGAGGAAAGUGCCGGAGGGUCGCGAUGAGGAGCCCGGGCCCGGCUGCCGGCCGGGUCGCAGAGUCCCCGAGGCGGAGAAGCGGCCCAAGGCCGGUGCCGAGAGCCGGCCGGGCGGGGUGCAGGUGGAGCUGCAGGGCUCCGAGCUCUGGAGGAGGUUCCACGACAUCGGCACCGAGAUGAUCAUCACCAAGGCCGGCAGGAGGAUGUUCCCAUCGGUCCGGGUGAAGGUGAAGGGUCUGGAGCCGCUGCAACAAUAUUACAUCGCUAUCGACGUCGUGCCCGUGGAUUCCAAAAGAUACAGGUACGUCUAUCACAGCUCGCAGUGGAUGGUGGCGGGGAACACGGACCACUCCUGCAUCACCCCGCGCCUCUACAUCCACCCCGACUCCCCCUGCUCGGGGGAGACCUGGAUGAGGCAAAUCAUCAGCUUCGACCGCGUGAAGCUCACCAACAACGAGAUGGACGACAAGGGGCACAUCAUCCUGCAGUCCAUGCACAAGUACAAGCCCCGCGUCCACGUUAUCGCCCAGGAUUCUCGCUUCGAUCUAGCGCAGAUCCAGUCGCUGCCGGCCGAGGGGGUGCAGACCUUCUCCUUCCAGGAGACCGAGUUCACCACGGUCACGGCCUACCAGAACCAGCAGAUCACGAAGCUGAAGAUCGACAGGAACCCCUUCGCCAAAGGUUUUCGGGACCCCGGCAGGAACAGAGGGGUGCUGGAUGGGCUCCUGGAGACCUACCCGUGGAGACCCCCCCUCGCCCUGGAUUUCAAGGCUUUCGGAGCAGACAGCCAGGGUGGGAGCUCCAGCUCUUCUCCAGUGGCCUCCAGCGGUGGGACCCCCUCUCCUCUGAACCCCCUGCUCUCUCCAUCGUGCUCCCCUCCCACGCUUCACUUGCCCGCAAGCAACCUGGGCAUGUCGUGCCCCGAGAGCUUCCUGUACCCCCUCAACAUGCCCCUCUACUACAAGAUCUGCCCUACGAGCUUCUUGAGACAACAGGCGCUCCUCUUUCCGAGCCAUGAAAAACUGGGAGCCACCAACCCACACCUUUUACCCCACUUCAUGGUGGAUAUGCCCAAACUGUCUUCCCUGAAAAACGCCAAAGCCGAAGACUUAAACGCUCAGUACCUACAAGCCCCUGGUUCUGCUGGUCAAAUGCUGAAUGGAUUACAUGCAUCUGGAAACAUUUUCCCAUCAAGUCCCAUUGCUCGGGAAGCACUUAAUUGUUCUUUACAUCCUCCAUAUGGCUUGUAUGGUUAUAACUUCUCUGUGCCAUCCAGACUGAUGAAUGCAGCAGGGCAUUUCAAAGUGAGUGACAGCAUUCCGGCUGCUUUGAGGGACGGCAGAUGCAAUCACUCCAGCUGGCACCCCACAAUUAACCACUGCAUUUAGUGGGAUCAGAGAAUAUUUCAGAGCUAUGUAAAGCAAGUCCUUCCUUCCUUCAUACCCAGGGGCUUGUUAGUUAUUGCCUCUGAAACAUUGCAUGGUACAGGAGCGGGAUGGGCAGGCAUUUAAUUUUUUUUUUUUUUUUUUUUGUGGCCAGAAGGGUUGUGUGUUUGGGAGGGUGGAGGAUCUAAGAGGGUCUGAGAUGACCCUGAAGUGAUACCUUUUGGCCACAUUUAUGUCACAGUUGUAGGUUAAGAGCAAACUGUCAGUCACCUUUUCACUAUUUGCACUCUCAUGUGGGGGCAUUGAUGUCUGUAUUCCUACAAUUCUGUUUUCUCUCUCUUGCUUGCCUUUAGUUAGCUCAGAGCCCUGGGG